AUGUUCCCUUCCCAGGAACUUGGACUGGUGGCUGUGGAGGUAUCGGUGGCCAUUUGUCAGACCACCACAGGUUACAAAAGCAACACUGUGUCUUUGACGCCGAUGGCAAUGUUGGAUUCAGCUAUUGAUGGUGACAUCUUCCUGACAGCACUGCAACAGGCAGAGGUGGGGCUUCAAAAUGCGCACCGCGCGGUCUUGGGGACCAUGGAGGCCGAGCUCAAGCACAUGCGCUACGAGAACAUGCGCUUGCGAGGGAUCUUGGAGGAGGCAGGUCUGGGAGAGAAGCUCCGUGCUCCGCGCGACGAGAUGCUGGUGGGAAGCGGUCCCAUUGAGAAGCCAAGUGCUGCCAAGAGUUCACGUGAAGAAAGAGCUGAGAAGGUGCCUGAGGCUCCAGCAGCUUCUUCCGCCGUGGAAGCUGCAGAUGCAGAGAUUCAAGCGACUUCACAGGCUGAGGCUCAGGAGAGCGCUCAGUGGAUCCCCAUGAAGCGAGAAGGCCCAUCUCGCCAUGCCUCAACACCUCUGGCCACGACUCCCUCCACCACGACACCCUCCACGAUUGCAACGCCGUUAAGUUUUACCCCAUGUGCAGAAGCCGUGAACUCUUCGGCGCACUCUUCGGAGCCAGACCUGAAGACGGACCAGGUGGUGACUACACCGGAAGAGGCCUCUCUUCCUGAUGAGGAAACGCUGGUGCAAAAAGUGGAAUGUCCGCCGUUGGUGCUGCCGCCAAAUGCCACGCCGGACACGCCUGGCUUGGUGAACAAGACCGCAGAGGAAGCCAACCAAGCGAAGAAGGCCCAGGCGGUUGCAAGGCUGAAUCCAAGUCGACAAGUGAAGAAGACCCUGGAGGCCCUGUUAGCUCAGUAUGGCUGGCAGCAUUUGGAGGUGCAGAUCCUUUCAGAGUGCGACCAGGUGGUGGUCGCCCACAUCGGUGGCGUGCAGCUGAAGUUGAGGAUGGACUCCGAUGUCACGGGGCUGCGCUUCUUUGCCUCGGAUGAUGAGGGCACCACGUGGCAGGCCCUGGAGGACCUGAUCCGCCGGCGGCGCCUGCAGAAGGUGGUUCGCGCGUGUCCGGUGGCGACCGGCACCUUUGAGUUUACAGUGGAGAGUCCCAAGAAGGGGAAGGCCGUUGAGGUCUCGCAUGUGUCUCCAAGAUGUUCACGACAGCCAAAAAGUUUGAGUCUAGCAGAGCUGGCGGCGCUGCCCAUCGAGAAACCCAUGAGGUCCAUGGCCAAGGUCUGCCGACAGCCGCUGUCCAGUUCGCCCUAUCCCGGAAGCCCGUCAGGCUUUGGCACGGUCUCCAGGUAAAGACGCAGAGUGGCUCACGGGUCAAAAGGCGGCGGCCGAUGCAGAAUCUGUGACCGGCCGACCAUUCCGGAGCAAAGAUCUCCGGCUACAGUGAGUCUCGUGGCAAGUCUUUUUGGGGUUGCAGCUCAAUCUUCAGUAGUUCUUGGUGAC